GUCCCAGCGCUCCGGUUUUGAGCUUGUAAGGCUGCCUGCUGCUUUCUUCCUGUCUCUCUUCCUUCACCUCUCGAGUGAGUGGCCAUGAGCUGGGCUGUGGGAAUGCUGCGGGCCAGCCAGAGGGUGGGCGAUGUGAGAGCGAAUUGCCUGUGCCCGGGAAUGCUGCUGAGAUCCCGCCAGCCGGCAGGCAUCGCCCGCAGGGGCGCCUGGCCCAUCGCCCCCGCGUCCAAGAUGGCUACGGUGAAGUGUAAGCUUAUGAAGAAUUUCCCCUCAGAGGAGCCCGUUCGUUGCAAUAAGAUCUCCAUUGUAGGAACUGGAUCGGUUGGCAUGGCCUGUGCUAUCAGCAUCCUGUUAAAAGGCUUGAGUGAUGAACUUGCCUUGGUGGAUGUUGAUGGAGGCAGACUGAAGGGUGAGACAAUGGAUCUUCAGCAUGGCAGCCCUUUCGUGAGAAUGCCCAAUAUUAUUUGCAGCGAAGAUUACCUUGUCACUGCAAACUCCAACCUCGUGAUUAUCACAGCAGGUGCACGCCAGGAAAAAGGAGAAACACGCCUUAAUUUAGUGCAGCGAAAUUUGCCCACGUUUCAGUUAAUGAUUCCCAGUAUUGUUCGGUACAGUCCUCGCUGCAAACUGAUUGUUGUUUCCAAUCCAGUGGAUAUCUUAACUUACGUAGCCUGGAAGUUGAGUGCAUUUCCCCAAAACCGUAUUAUUGGAAGUGGUUGUAAUCUGGACACUGCCCGUUUCCGUUUCUUGAUCGGGCAGAGGCUUGGUAUCCAUUCUGAAAGCUGUCAUGGGUGGAUCCUUGGAGAGCAUGGAGACUCCAGUGUUCCCGUGUGGAGUGGAGUGAACAUCGCUGGUGUCCCUCUGAAGGAUCUGAACGUAGAUAUAGGAACUGAUCAAGAUCCUGAGCAGUGGAAAAAUGUGCACAAAGAUGUGGUUGCUAGUGCCUAUGAGAUUAUUAAAAUGAAAGGUUAUACUUCCUGGGCCAUUGGCCUGUCUGUAGCUGACUUAACAGAAAGUAUUGUGAAGAAUCUUAGGAGAAUACAUCCAGUUUCCACCAGAAUUAAGGGUCUCUAUGGAAUAAAUGAAGAAGUAUUCCUCAGUGUUCCUUGUAUCCUGGGAGGGAGUGGUAUUGCCGACCUUAUAAAAGUAAAGUUGGCCCCUGAAGAAGAGGCCCAUAUGCAGAAGAGUGCAAAAACACUCUGGGAAAUUCAAAAGGAGCUUAAGUUUUAAAGUUGUUUAAAACUACCAUUCUGAAGUUAUUGAAGAAAAGAGAGAAGUUAUGGAGUUGUGUAUGUCCAGUUUUUGAAAAAACUUGAAUUCCUAAAAGUUG